GGACCGCGACGGGAAUUCUUCUCCUUGCUGUUACAAAAGAUGCUUUCUCCUACAUCUCAGUAUAGGUUGUUUGAGGGACGACCGGGUAGGUAUCUCCCCAUGCACAACCUUGAUGCACUGGUUGGCGGCUUAUUCAAAGUUUAUGGCCAAAUUAUUGCUGCAUCUGCUUUGCAAGGUGGCCCAGGAUUUCCUUGCUUUGCUCCACCUAUCUAUUCGUAUCUUGUGACUUCGUCUUUGGAGAAAGCUAUGGACACCAUUAGUCCGGACGAUUUGUCAGACCCAUUCGUAGCUGAAACUCUAAAAACGAUCAGUGAACUGGAAGAUGACAAUCCUGAGUUUCACAAUGUAGCCAGUAGUCUUUCUGAACCACUAGCGAUUGCUGGUUACACCCAUCGGCUAACAUCAACUAACAAAGCGGAUGCUAUGCUAAAGAUAAUGCUGCAUGAUGUAAUACUAUCUCGAAAAGCCGAAAUUGACCAACUGGCACUGGGACUGGGUCCAGUACUUGAACUUGCAAAAGCAAAUCCGGAAUCAAUGCGUUCCCUUUUUACCGCUACAGAUUUGAAGCCAUUGACCUCUGAAUCGUUUCUAGAGCUGUGUACUUUUCAGCCCACUGUUCCAGCCGAUCUCAAAACUUCGUUUAUUCAGUACGUUCAGGAAGCAGGCAGCAAGAAACUUUCCGAUCUUCUUCAGUUUUGCACUGGAAGUGCAAGCGUGCCAGUUAUGGGUUUCCAUUCUCCAGAAAAGAUCGAGAUUUCGACUACUAGAUCAGUAUAUCCGAAUGCCUCAACGUGCUCCAUGAUCUUGGAAUUGCCUGGACAGUGCGUGAGUGAAGUGCAGCUCAGAAACAACUUAGAUACGGUUCUCGACAUGCAGGCCACAGGAUUUGGGGUUGUUUGAGGAGUUGUUGCUGUUGCUGGUGUUGUCGUUACAGGAGCUGUUUCUUGUCCAGCAUAUCAUGCCGGGCAGCUGUCGUUUGGAGAUUAUUAGUAUAGUAUAGAGAUUAUUAGUAUAGUAUUUUGACGAUUUCGUUUAUUGUUGAGUUCAGCAAAGUAUAGCUAGGAUUAGAAACUUUUCUGAGAAACUGUUUUAGUGUACUAGCCAUGCAGAGACACUCAACCUAUAGAGAGCGUAUUUGUUGGCUAAGGGUUUGUAUGAAUAGAAGUUAAAAGAUAAGCUGU